AUGGCAAAAGAUUCAAAUAUUCUUGGUACUUGGGGAAAUAAAGAUUCGAUGAAUUUAAAUUCUCUCGUACUCAAUAAUAUCAUGUCAUCACAGUAUUUCAAAAGUGCAUUAUAUGAAAAAAAAACUUAUCAUGAAGUUGUCGAUGAAAUUUAUUAUCGAGUCAAACAUUUAGAACCAUGGGAAAAAGGAAGUCGAAAAACAUCGGGUUUAACUGGCAUGUGUGGCGGGGUCCGCGGUGUUGGCGGUGGUGGUAUUGUAUCGACUGCAUUUUGUUUAUUAUAUAAAUUGUAUACAUUAAAAUUAACACGAAAACAAGUCAUUAGUUUAACUAUUCAUACAGAUUCACCAUUUAUACGUGCGCUGGGUUUUAUGUAUAUUCGAUAUACUCAGCCACCUAAUGAAUUAUUUGAAUGGUUUGAAGAAUAUCUUGAUGACACAGAAACUUUAGAUGUGAAAGCUGGUGGUGGUGGUGUUAUGUCAAUAGGCCAAAUGCUUCGUCAAUGGUUGACACGUAUUGAAUGGUAUGAUACAUUAUUUCCCCGAAUACCAGUUCCAGUACAAAAAGAGAUCAUGGAAAGACUACAUGCUCAUGGUCCCUAUAAGGGCGAUAGUUAUGGUGCAAAUUCAAGGUAUGAUUAUGAGGACGAACAAUACGAAUCGAAAUCGUCCAAUGCUAUUGAUAUGCCUGAAACAUUUGGCAAUGCUGCUUCAUCAUCCAAAGAUCGUAAUGGAUCUUAUAAUCAACAUUACUCAUCAUCAUCAGAUUCUCAUCGGGAUAAAAAACAUAGUAGAUCUUCUCGUGACGAUCGAGAACGAUCACGUUCAUCUGAUCGUCGUCGACAUCAUGAACGGUAUGAUAAUUCAGACCGUUACAAAUCACAUAAACAUCAUCACCAUCGACGUAGUUCAUCGCGUGAAGACCAACGUCGACAUCAUCAUCGUUCAAGAUCACCUGAUGAUCGUUAUCGUAACGAUAAACGUGGUCGUCCAUAA